AUGGAAUCGCACAAUGACACACGGGUUUCAGAAUUCCUUCUUCUGGGAUUUUCACAACUGCCCCAACUGCAGCCCCUCCUCUACGGGCUCUUCCUGUCCAUGUACCUGCUCACCGUGCUCGGCAAUCUGCUCAUCAUCCUGGCAGCCAUCUCCGACCCCCGUCUGCACACGCCCAUGUACUUCUUCCUCUCCAACCUGUCCCUGGUGGACAUUGGCUUCACCUCCACCACCAUCCCCAAGAUGCUGCUCAACCUCCACACGCACAGCCGGGCCGUCAGCUACGCGGGCUGCGUGGCCCAGAUGUUCUUCUUCUUGCUCUUUGCAGGGCUGGACAACUUCCUGCUGGUGGUGAUGGCCUACGACCGCUUCGUGGCCAUCUGUCACCCGCUGCGCUAUGCGGCCAUCGUGGGCCCCUGGCGCUGCAGCUUGCUGGUGCUGGGCUCCUGGGUCACCAGUGCCCUGAAUUCCUCGUUACAAAGCUUUGUUUUCGCACACCUGUCCUUCUGCUCCGACGUGGAAGUCCCGCACUUCUUCUGCGAACCGAAUCAGGUGGUGCACCUGGCCUGCUCGGACACCUUCCUUAUUAACGUGCUCAUGGACUGCGCGGCUGGGCUGCUGGGUGGCAGCUCGCUGGCCGGCAUCCUGUACUCUUACUCCAGGAUCGUGUCCUCCAUCCGGGCCAUGUCCUCCGCCCAGGGGAGGUACAAGGCCUUCUCCACCUGCGCGUCGCACCUCUCCGUGGUCUCCUUGUUUUACGGCACGAUCCUGGGUGUGUACCUCAGCUCCACUGUGGCCCAAGACCCCCACUCGACGGCCACGGCCUCAGUGAUGUACAGCGUGGUCACCCCCAUGCUGAACCCCUUCAUCUACAGCCUGAGGAACAAGGACCUCAAGAGGGCUCUGAGGACACUCCUGCAGAGAAACACCAAAAGGGCAGCAUUGCCCUAG